GGAUUAAGUCAAUGUCUUGUAAGCAUAUCGACACACUAUUCAACAUAUACACCAACUUAAACCAACAGCACAACACCAGACAAUCCCCGUCCUCUCCAACUCGCUUACGUCUUCCGUCAGCCGGCCAAAAUGACGAGAUCUGCAGCACCCCGGCCAAUUCGCUCCAGCGGCUCCUCUGGAACAAAACGAAGCCCGAAAUUCCCUCCCAUUGCCUCCCUCCGGCCGGUCCGCUGAGCUUGUGCCUGUCCGAGAGCCGCCCUUCACCCAAUGCGGGAACUUGGCCCCAUCCAGCAAGUUCAGCCGGGAAAUCCCGGAUUAUAGCCGGCCUUGAGCCACAGCCGUUGCGCAUUUUGUCCUCACCAGCUACAAGAACCCUCACCAUCCUCAGCGCCGAACUCUUUUCUUGCUCUCCACCAACCGCCCCAAUCGCCUCUGUCCUUGGAUCAAUUCCUCGCAUCUCUCUUUAGAUCAUCAUGUUGGCUUCCAGAAUCCAGCGCAGGGCCUUCUCUGCCUCUGCCCGCAACCUGUCCAAGGUUGCCGUCCUCGGUGCUGCCGGUGGCAUUGGCCAGCCUCUCUCUCUCCUCCUCAAGCUCAACACCCGCGUCACUGAGCUUGCUCUGUACGAUAUCCGUGGCGGACCUGGUGUCGCCGCUGACAUCUCCCACGUCAACACCAAGUCCACCGUCAAGGGCUAUGAGGCCACCCCCAGCGGCCUUGCUGCCGCCCUCAAGGGCUCCGACAUCGUCCUGAUUCCCGCCGGUGUCCCCCGUAAGCCCGGCAUGACCCGUGACGAUCUCUUCAACACCAACGCCUCCAUCGUCCGCGACCUGGCCAAGGCUGUUGCCGAGUCCGCCCCCGAGGCCAAGCUCCUCAUCAUCUCCAACCCCGUCAACUCCACCGUCCCCAUCUGCGCCGAGGUCUUCAAGGCCCGCGGUGUCUACAACCCCAAGAAGCUCUUCGGUGUCACCACCCUCGACGUUGUCCGAGCUAGCCGCUUCGUCUCCGAGAUCAAGGGCACCGACCCCAAGGACGAGAAGAUCACCGUCAUCGGCGGUCACUCUGGUGUCACCAUCGUUCCUCUCUUCAGCCAGAGCAACCACCCCGACCUCUCCUCCAACGCCGAGCUCGUCAACCGUGUCCAGUUCGGUGGUGACGAGGUCGUCAAGGCCAAGGACGGUGCCGGCUCUGCCACCCUCUCCAUGGCUUUCGCCGGUGCCCGCAUGGCCGAUGCUCUCCUCCGCGCCGCUGACGGCGAGAAGGGCGUCAUUGAGCCCACUUUCGUCGAGUCUCCCCUGUACAAGGACCAGGGCAUCGAGUUCUUCAGCACCAACGUCGAGCUCGGCCCCGACGGUGUUGAGAAGAUCCACCCCAUUGGCAAGAUCGACGCCAACGAGCAGAAGCUCGUCGAGGCCUGCCUGGGCGAUCUCAAGAAGAACAUUGCCAAGGGUGUUGCCUUUGUCCAGGAGAACCCCGGCAACUAAAGCGAACUUGAAAUGCCUUUCAGCAUGACUUGAGCGUUAUCUUUUUUUAAUGAGACAAACGUCCGGAGGGGGAAGAUCAAAGGAGGGUUCACGGGGACUGGCUCGCUGCUUUACAGGCGGCUUGGUUGGGCUGGGGCUUUGUGAGGAUGGUACACGGAAAAUAUAGGGGAGGUUUGGAUGAAAGAGAAAAAAAAAAAACGUACGCACGAGAAAAUCAUGGCUUUUAUGAGGCUCCCUAUUUCCCCGCUGUUCUGCGGCUGCCAUAGACUUCAAUCGAGUCUCU